AUGUUGAAUGUGUCUAUUUCGACCACUAAUGGGCCCUCACGCGCCGCUUCUUUGAACGAUGGGUUCCCUUGGCCAAGAUACACAUUGUAUACAGCAUUUUGGGCUACGCAUACGGAUCCAGAGCUAUCUGGCCACAGAGACCAGCGCUGCCAACAACAAAAGAGCAUCCUACCUUGA